UGGUCAUCACCUAUAAGUUGACACUCUCGCCUUCCCCAUCGAAGAUGCCAUCGUCAACAUCCCCACACCCUGACCCAAGGGACAUCGAGCCACAUCCUGAGCGACCAAAGAACCUGAAUGGCGAUGUAGACUACGUGCCUCACCCAGAGAGGUCGAUCUCAGUUUCGCCUUCACGGGCGGCAAUCCAGAAAAGCAUCAUUGCUCUUUACGGGGGCAGUGCCUCGGAAGACGAUAUGAAGGUCUAUGCCGAGAAGGCCAUCUACGACGAUCCAUUCAGUUACUGCGACACGCGAUACAAGAUAGCAGGCCAGUGGUAUGGUAUCCCGAAACUGUUUUCCAAGUCUGAGACGCUGGCUACGGAAGUCACGUCGUCGACGGAGCACGAACUUGUCUGGAAGCAGCGGCAGAAGUACACUUUUGCUGGUAUUCAUGCCGCCAAAGUUGCAGACAGUCUUAUCAGCCUUAGGCUUGAAGGCGAAAAGCCUAAUGAGAAGGUUGUGUAUCAUAAGGAUAUGUGGAAUGCCAAGGACUACUCUCAUGAAGGGCUUGGUAUGCUCAUUAAGAAGCUGAACGGGGACAAAUUGACAAACAUCACCAAGCCGCCAGAAUCGACCUAAGAGCGGAAGCUGAUGUCUUGACGAUUGAACAUUGGAAAUAUUUAAUAAUCUAGUAAGCACAAAUUACAUCGCGGUUUGCCAGAUAGCUGCAUCGCCUGUUCGGAUGCCUGGCCUUUAACUUGGGCUGAGGGGGAUGAAAGAGAUGUGGCGCUGUGUCUUCUUUUCAAGUGUACUCAAUCCAUCCAUCUUAUCUCUACGCAAAAAGAGCGCCAUGUGGGGAACUAAGCUGUUGCUAAGAGUUUUACUGACGAUUGGAAGAUUGCGAAGUGCGAGUUGGCUUGUAUGCCAAGAAAUAUCAGUUUGGUCUUUAACUAUGAAGAAGCCCAC